AUGUCUGGCGGUCCUCAUGUUCUUCCUCCUCUCCCAUGGGCAGAAAAUGCUCUGGAGCCUCACAUGUCUGCCGAGACUAUUCAGUAUCAUUAUGGAAAGCAUCAUGCUACGUAUGUUGCCAAUCUCAACAAGAUCUGCGCUGAAGAUGGUGAUGUUGCGAAGAUGAGUAUGGAGGAAAUCAUCAAGACCAAGAGUGGAGGAGUCUUCAACCAGGCGGCUCAGGCAUGGAACCAUACUUUCUUUUGGAACAGUCUAUCUCCCAAUGGUGGUAACGCUCCUACUGGCAAGGUUGCUGAUCUCAUCAACAGAGAUUUCGGGAGCUUCGAGGAGUUCAAGAAGCAGUUCACAGCCGCCGCUGUCGGUCAUUUCGGCAGUGGUUGGGCCUGGCUUGUGGCUGAUAACGGCAAGCUGAAAGUUGUUCAAGGUCACGAUGCUGGUUGUCCUCUGAGAGAUGGUCAGAUCCCCAUUAUCAACUGUGAUGUAUGGGAGCAUGCCUACUACAUUGACUACAGGAACGCUAGGCCUAAGUAUGUGGAACAUUUCUGGGAGAUUGUCAACUGGGACUUCGCCAAUAAGAAUGUUGCUGCAGCCGGCAUGUGA